CAGCGACCUGCGGAGGGCAGCUCAGCCAGCGCCGCGCCGGGCGGAACCGGACCGAGCCGAGCCGCAGGCAAGCGCCGGGGAGAUGGGAUCGGGGCCAGAUACCGGUGGGGUGCGGGGUUCGGGUGCUGGAUUUGGGGCUUUGGGUCCGUAGAUGAGGUGCUACGUGCCCCAGCGUAGGGUGCGAGUGCUGAGCACGGGGUGCUGGCUCAUCACCAGGCAGGAUUUGGGGUGCUGGGUGCGGGCGCUGGGUCCGCUGGCUGCGAGUGCCAGGUCUGGCGCUGCGUGCACAGGUACGGUCCGGUGCCGGUGCGGUUCUGUGUGCCGUGCCGGGCUGCGGAGAGGCACCUCGAGAGGGUUCGGGACGGAGGUGAACGGGUGUUGGGGGGUGCUGGGAGCGGUGCCGGCGGCAGCAGGGCCCGGGGCAGGAUGGAGGCGGUGGACAACCUGGUGGGGAUUUUUGGGUGACCACAGCUGCGGGGGAGGAAGGGACGUGCGGGUUUGGUGGCGGUGCAGCCCAUCCUCCCGGCCCGUUCCGCUCAGGGUUUGGGGCUGCGCCGCUGGGGCUUGGGGAUGCCCCGAGCAGGGGGGUUGCAUCGUACCGGGGACCGUGCUUGUGCCGGGGCAGUGUGUUGCGCCCUGCUCCCGCUCCUACUGGGGCUGUGCUCGCCCCGCCCGCAGCCCAGGUGGGCCCGCGGCUCCUCCAUCCCGGAGCCUGAGGCGGGGGUGGGGGACGCGGGAGGGAUCCGGUGGUGCCAGGGCACCGUCUGUGAAGACAAAGAGGCUGCCCAAAAUGGACGAGGAGCACGGGCUCCCGCAGAGGCAGGGAUCUGUUGCUGUGAGUGAUGCCCGCUGCCGGCCCCCUGUGUGGCUGCGGCCCCCACCCGACGGCCGUGGUGACGCUGUCGCCGCCCCCCAUGGGAUGUGCCCGACGGGUACGGGGCAGAGCUGCCCCCGCCGUGCUGCGAUCCCUAUCAGCGCUUUGUUUUUGUGUUGCAACCGGAGGGGAAAGAAAAACACAAAACCAGUGCCAACCCUUUCAGCUCCCACGAGUGAGGGUUGCGCGGCUUUUCCUCCCCCCACCUCCAGUGUCCAUCUGUUGGAACCUUUCCCUGCUUACCCCAUCAGGAAUACCGGCAGUGAAUUUGGGGUGAGGGCAGCCAGGUGGCUGCAGCGGGAGGAAGGUGAGGUUUUGGGGCACCUUUGGUACUGGGCUGUGCUCUGGCUGGGCUCAGCCCCAUUGCUGCUCCCCUGGGGGCUGAGGAUCAUUCUAUCUCCCUGCUGCCAAACCCAUGCAAAUCCACCCAGCUCUGAUGUGAGCGUGGCUGCAUGCAAACCACUGGAAAGGCCGAGUCCCACACUCGUGGGGUGUAUGGGAGUGGGAUGCAGAGUUAAAGAGCAUCAGCUGCAGUUUGACCCCAAAGCUGCAGUUGUUUUGGAGGGAAACUGGAACAAACAAGACGAGGUCGUUAAGCUGGAACCAAUAAGAGUGCUGCCAUCAUCUAGUUUUGCUGGACUUCGGGGAAAAAGAAAUAAGGAAACAGUUUAUCUUUGGAAUAAAUAAAGCAUAAAGGAACAGGCAUGCAGGGAGCGCCCGCAGCCCCAUGGGCUGGGGCCCCCCUUCCCGCAUCCCAUAGCCAUGGGAGCAGUGCCUGAAACCCGAGCACCAGGGAGAAUCCCUGUGGCAAAACCCCGAGCAAAUCCCGUGUUGACCCAUGGCCCAGCGAGAUGGAGUGCAGUGCAUCCAUGGGGAUGAGCAAAUGGUCCCGAGUUGGUCCCAAACCCCAAAUCUGAGCAAAGCUGCACUGGCAGCUGCUGGCUCUGCAGCGUCCCUUUAAAUUGAGGGUUGAGGCUUUGAGUUGGGUUGUUUUUUUUUUUUCAUUUUUAAUUGUUCCUGGGGGUUUAAUUCUAAAAUUAUUCUCCUGCUUCUGCUGUGGAAGCAAUGUGCUCUGACCACAAAUCCUUUUAAGGCUGAGCUGCACGAUGAGCCACGGCGUGCAAAAGAACCGGCACGGGAACCUCUGCUGGGAGCUCUGCUGGGCACAGAGGGCUGUAUGUCUGUCUGUCUGUCCAUCUGGCCAUGCAGUCUUGUUUUGCCACAGCAGGGGAAAAAAAAAAAACAACACAGAGAAACCGUUUGGUUUUUUUUCCGGUGGAGAUUUUCCCAGCACUGCCUGCCUCUCCCUCCCAUGGAAAUGUGGGGCUGGGGCGGUGAUGCUGAGGAUGGAGGAGGUGGGAUGUGGGGAUGAUUCAUCCCUGAUGCCCCUGGAAGGUGGAGGCACUGCACCUCUCAUCCCCGUCCCCCCGUGUCCUGGUGGGGGGAGCUCGGUGCCUGGCUGUGGUGUCUCAGCACACUUCUCAGUUCCUGUUUGGCUCCAUGGCGCUCUCCCUCUGCUGCGCCCACAUCCCAAAUUUGGGGAAAGGAGAAGCAUCGCGUGAGCCGUGCUAUCUCGUGCAUCUCCUGGGAAGCGCCUCGGGGUCGAGCAGGGUUUUGUUUAAAGAACCAAAAUAAACGCAGAGCAGUGCUGGUGGAGGUCACGGCGCUCCUUCCCUCCCCGGCCCAGCACCCAGCACAUCACAGAUCCCCUUUUCCCGGAGGACUUUUGCCAAGUUGGCGUUUUUCUUGCUGCUGUCGGCAAAGUCCUGUCUGGCUGAGGAGUGGAUUGCCUCCUGCCCUGGGUCGCAGCUGCAGGCGUGUGGGGAUGGGGAUGGGUGUCCCUGCUGUACCCUGUUUGGGGCCAUUCGCUGGUGCUGCACCCAGGGAUGUUUUAUGAUCUGCUGCAGCAGAGGCAUGGGAGGGCUGCAAGUUGGGGAAAAAGCUGCAGAAAGUUGCCUGGCAACCCUCAUCCCAGCUCUGCUCGCUGGGUACCGCGGGAUCUCGCAGGAUUUCAUUUCCUUUCCAAAACUGAGGGCUGCCGGGGCUGCAUGACCCUAAAUGGGGAUUGUCAUUUUGCUCAGCUUUCCCUCGUCUCCUGCCUCCCUAAGCCCAUAGCUGUGUGGCUCAGGUGCAUGCACCACUUUGCAGAGCGUGGCUUAGGGAUGCUGGUGGCCGGGGGAGCUGCGGGUGCCCCCUCACCUCAUCCCACGCUCUGGGCUCAGACUGGGAUCAGGGCCCCCGUGUGGGGAGCGGGCACAGAGUGCCCAGGUCACUGCGGCGUGGAGAGCACAGCACUACUCUGAUCUGAGUUGGACUAGGGAUGCUUUCAUUUCUCUCCUGCUCUUCCCCCACUCUGUAGGUAUUAAAAAAAAACCCAAACAACAACAACAACAACAACAAAUCCACGCAAAAGCAAAUAAAUAGAAAAGAGAAGCUCAGAGCAGCUCUUUCCUUUGGGUAAAACAUUAACAAGCUCUUGGAGCAAGCUGCUUCAUUUCCUUCAGGACAAAGUUGAUUUGAC